AAGCAAAUAUCUCCUCCCAAUCCAACCGUCGAAAAAAAUAGCCACCUUAAAUCUCAGCUGUAGCUUUUGAAGCCCACCUAGGGUUCUUCUCAAUCAGACCCAUCUAGGGUUUUGUCUUUGGGCCAUGGUUUUACAGAUCGUUUUCUUCAAUUUUGGAAGGGUAGAAAGAUAAAGAUUGUAGAAAACUGUUAUUUUUUAUUUUUAAUUUUUAAUUUUUAAUCUCAAGAGGUUGGAGAGAGAGAGAGAGAGAGAGAGAGAGAGAGAUAGAGAGAGAGAUGAUUGCAGAGAAACCCAGUUGGAUCAGGCAUGAAGGGAUGCAGAUCUUCUCCAUUGAUAUUCAACCUGGUGGGCUGAGGUUUGCCACUGGUGGAGGAGACCAAAAGGUCCGGAUAUGGAACAUGAAAUCAGUAGGCGGGGAGUCAGAAACUGACCAAUCAACCCAGAGAUUGUUGGCCACCCUCCGUGACCACUUCGGGUCUGUUAAUUGUGUUAGGUGGGCCAAGCAUGGCCGAUAUGUUGCAUCUGGUUCUGAUGAUCAAGUGAUUCUUAUUCAUGAGAGAAAGCCCGGGUCAGGCACUACUGAAUUUGGCAGUGGAGAAGCUCCUGAUGUUGAAAAUUGGAAAGUGACGAUGACUUUAAGGGGCCAUACUGCAGAUGUGGUGGAUCUUAAUUGGUCUCCAGAUGACUCAAUAUUGGCUAGCGGCAGUUUGGAUAACACCGUUCACAUCUGGAACAUGAGCAAUGGCAUCUGCACUGCUGUUUUGAGAGGCCAUUCCAGCCUGGUUAAAGGGGUUGCGUGGGAUCCUAUUGGUUCCUUUAUAGCAAGUCAAUCAGAUGACAAGACUGUUAUUAUAUGGCGCACUAGCGACUGGACCCUUGCUCACAAGACGGAGGGGCAUUGGGCAAAAUCUCUUGGAUCGACGUUUUUUAGGCGUCUGGGAUGGUCCCCGUGUGGCCAUUUUAUCACCACCACUCAUGGUUUUCAAAAGCCAAGGCACUCAGCACCUGUACUAGAAAGAGGCGAGUGGGCUGCCACUUUUGACUUUCUAGGACACAAUGCCCCCAUUAUUGUUGUGAAGUUCAACCAUUCUAUGUUCCGAAAGAAUUUUGCGAAUGGUCAGGAGGCAAAAGUUGCAACGGCUGGAUGGUCUAAUGGUGCCUCGAAGACCAGCACGAAAGAGUCACUGCCAUAUAACGUGAUUGCCAUUGGUAGUCAGGAUCGCACGAUAACUGUAUGGACAACAGCAAGCGCACGUCCUCUCUUUGUGGCCAAGCAUUUCUUUUCUCAAAGUGUUGUUGACUUAUCCUGGAGUCCCGAUGGGUAUGCACUUUUCGCAUGCUCCUUGGACGGGACGGCGGCCACAUUCCAUUUUGAAGUGAAAGAACUGGGCCACAGAUUAAGUGAUACCGAGUUGGACGAAUUGAAGAGAAACCGCUAUGGAGACGCUAGAGGAAGGCAGGCAAACUUGGUGGAAAGUCCAGCUCAGUUGUUGCUAGAGGCGGCAUCUGCCAAGCAGUCUACUAACAAACGAGGACUUUCCAAUAGUCAGCAGAAUCGAAUUCCUGGCAAGUUACCUAUGGAUUCAGUGAAACCGGCUGUCAGUCAGUCACAUGUUAAGGCAUCUGAAACCGGAGUUGAAGACGGGAAGAAGAGUGGAGGAACUGGCGGUGACAGUAUAAAUAAACCCACUUCUGUUCGGAUUUCUAGUCCUGUGAAACAAAGAGAAUAUAGACGACCUGAUGGUAGGAAGAGAAUAAUUCCUGAAGCAGUUGGCGUUCCCGCUCAUCAGGAAAAUAUCUCGGGUGGGAACCAAGCUCAAGCAUUGGACUUCCCACUAUCAGCUGUCUCUGAUCAACGGAAGGAUGAUAAUGGACCACUUCUUGUGGACAGUGGAGCUAAGGAAGUUUAUCUCAAGACCUCAGAAGCAAAUAAUAUUUCUGGAAAGUGCUGCCACUGCAGUGUGAAGGAGCGAUCGGGGGCCACAGCAAGGGCGCACAUCACUGAAAACCUUGUUAUUGAAAAGGUGCCAGCUUCGUCCGGUUCUGAUGGAAGAAUUAAUGUAGAACAAUCUGGACUUAUAAGCACGUCGGGUUUUCAGGCUUCUUGCAAUGCUCUUUCAAUUCGGGUCUUUAAUAAGAAAGAAGGUGAAGAUAGCGUGCCUGUCUGCUUGGAAGCUAAGCCAAUAGAACGAGCAUCAAAUGAUGUGAUUGGCGUAGCGAAUGCAUCCAUGAUGAAGGAAACUGAAGUUACUUGCACAAAAGGUGCUGAAACUGUUUGGUCAGAUAGAAUAGCUGGGAAAGUUACUGUCUUGGCAGGAAAUGCGAACUUCUGGGCCAUUGGUUGUGAAGAUGGCUGCUUGCAGGUUUACACAAAGUGUGGAAGACGAGCCAUGCCAACUAUGAUGAUGGGGUCUGCGGCGGUAUUUAUAGAUUGUGAUGAGUGCUGGAAGCUGCUACUUGUCACAAAGAAGGGAUCGAUUUACGUGUGGGAUCUUUUUAAUAGGACCUGUCUUUUACAUGACUCUCUAUCUUCUCUCAUUACUACAAGGCAGGAUUCAGCUAACAAAGAUACAGGCUCGAUUAAAGUUAUAUCUGCAAGGUUCUCGAGAUCCGGUUCACCUCUGGUUGUUCUAGCAACCCGUCAUGCUUUUCUUUUUGAUACAAGCAUGAUGUGUUGGCUGAGGAUAGCUGAUUAUUGCUUUCCUGGAUCGAAUUUCACAAGCUCUUGGAAUUUGGGUUCGGUUCAAAGUGGUGAGCUAGCUGCUUUGCAGGUUGAUGCUGGAAAGUUCUUAGCCAGAAAGCCAAGUUGGAGCAGGGUGACAGAUGAUGGGGUGCAGACCCGUGCUCAUUUGGAAGCUCAGUUAGCAUCAUCUUUGGCAUUGAAGUCGCCCAACGAAUAUCGCCAAUGCCUCCUGUCUUAUGUACGAUUUUUGGCAAGAGAAGCUGAUGAGUCCCGCUUGAGAGAAGUCUGUGAGAGCUUUUUGGGCCCACCAACAGGAAUGGCCGAGUCUGCAUCCUCAGAUCCCAAGAACCCCGCAUGGGACCCUCAUGUCCUUGGAAUGAACAAGCACAAGCUCCUGCGAGAAGACAUCCUCCCGGCCAUGGCAUCAAACAGGAAAGUCCAACGGCUGCUAAACGAGUUCAUGGAUCUCCUCUUGGAAUAUGAAAGCAGUGAAACAAACCCGGAACAGGUGGACCCUGUCCUGCCUGUGAAGGAUGACGGAUCAUGAUGAUAAGCAGGCCUUGCCCAAUGACAAAGAAAUCCCACAUGGGGGGAAGGCAUGAGAGGAAGAAAUCAUAUAUACAGGGAGAAGACAUGAUCCACCUCUGGUUUUGUAUGUAUAUUUUACUUGAUUAAUCCUCUUUGGUCAGCAGAAAGGGCUUUUUGUGUGCCGGGAAAGCUUCAGAUCGUGGUGCACUGUUUAUUAAUGUGGUUUAUCAUCACUAAUCUCUUUUAGAGCUCGAGUGUCUAUUAACAGAAGAAGCAGCCUCUCUUUUAUAAUUGAAAUAGAAUUUAAUCUCUUUUUCUCUUUGAUUAA